AUGCACAGAGACGCCUCGUACUACAACGCCAACAUCGACGGCAAGACGCACACUGACGUAGCAUGGUACUACCCCAAGACCAUCACCGACCGCGCGAAGCAGAUCGAGAAUUACGUCGCAUUUUACAAGAAUAAAGUGACCAUCGAGGAUUGA